AUGGGUGCACUGAGCUCCAGCCACCUGGGGGAGAGACAGUGCCAGUACCUGAGAGGCCGGGCAGCUGUUUUCCUGAAUCACUUCAUGCCAUAUUACCAAAGGCAACUUGCUAUGGCCUUCCUGAAGCAAAUCUCCAGCGAGCUAAUGCCCCAGGGACAGACAGGAUUCCAGCUAUUGAAGAGUGAAAGACCUCCCCCAGCUGUGAUACAUGAGGGGAUCCUGACCCGCCUGCAAGGGAGCUCGCCAAAGUGGAGGGAAAGUUAUUGUGUCCUGAGUGGAAACUACUCUCUAGAGUGGUUUGGCAGUAAAGAGGAGCAGAGACGUGGUGAGGAGCCACAAGAAUCUAUUGCUUUGACUGGUUACACACUAGUGGUUUCAUGGAGGGAAUGUCUCUAUCAAAGAUCAUCAGGGAACCAUUUCAUUCAAGAUCCAGAUCCAAUCAUGGAGCCCCCACUGGAAUUUCCCAUCUAUCUCUGCCAUCCUUUCCGUCAGCCCCUCUGCUUAUGCACAGAUACUCUAGAAUCCCAAGACAGCUGGAAAUCUGUCCUGAGAGAUGGGAUUCGGCACCGGGGGACAGAAUGUAAGCUUCUUAAGGGCAGGGACUAUCUUUGUGUCCUUAGUCCUUCCUCACAGAGGAACAUAGUUUGCUCACUGGGAGACAUGCCCUGGGACUUAGGGCUGAUGCAGCCAUGCUACCAGAAAGCAGAGCUCUACUGGAACAGUCUUCAGGGUUUGAAGGAAAGAUUUGGGUUUCAUGGCACUAGAAACCUUGUCUUCAGCGCUCAAGAUCUCAUGCAACAGCUGAUGGAAAAUGCUGUGUACACCUUCCAACAGCUUUCAGAGAAACACACGUCCUCAGCCACUCGCCGGAGACAAGUGGUCUGCCUGUUGGAGAAGGUCAAGGGUCGAGUGUUGAAAAAAUUUGAGUCUGACAGCAGAUUUGCUCAGAAGCAUUUUGUUCAAGAAUGGCUUGUCCAGAUUUUCCUCCCCUACCUGCUGAGAAGGCUGGAGGUGGGCUGUAAAUUGGAGAUGGAAGAGAGUUCAGAAGCAGGAAUGGAUUCAGUAGCUGAACUAAGGGGCUUCCAACUUGAUGAGAAAAAAGAUGGGAUGGCAGAGACCUGUACCCAUGCUACACUUUCCACCUGGAACCUAGAGAGCAUUCCUUCUUCCCUGCAUUGGGACUCAGACCCCUGCCAAGAUCUCCUCCAAGAUUCUCAUUGUGAAGGGGGUCAGGAAGAAACAGAGAGAAGGAAUAGCGAUACUUACUCUACUCAGUGGCCACUGGAAAUGCUUGAUAAAGACCCAGAAGAGAACAAAAAAAACAUCCUUUUGAAGGGGUUGACUUUAGCCAUGGACACAGAAGCCUUCCAGACAGACCUGCUGGAAAUGGACUUAAGAGAGAAUGGCAGCUUCAAUGAAUGGGGCCAGCCUGAAGAGUCUCUGAAAGCCCGAUGUCCACAACAAGAGCCAAUAGGGAGUAGCAACCAGGCAGGUGACAUUCAAGCACAGCUGAUGGCAGAUGGAAUCUACUCCAAUGUUGCUGUGCAGACUUUACAUGGAAGGCUAGGGAAAGGCAUGGAAACACUUGAGGGGGAAGUAUUGUGAGAAAGGGACACAUUGUCCAUCCUGGAGAAAAAGUGGCCAGCCUUCUGGCUAUGGGAGUCAGGAAGCAUCUGUU